AGGGAACCCACAAAUUAGAAAGAUUUUAUUGAAAGAAAAGAGAAAAGCAAUUUGAGUGUCUAAGAAUAGCAAGAAACAACAACUAAAGUAUCAAAGAUUAUUAGCCUACAUGGUAAGAAUCUGUUAUGGGCUUAAAAACAGAAAACACUGAUGGUGAAGAAAAGAUGACAUCCAAAGAGAUAAGCGUGCCCAAGGUUUCUGCUGAGACAAGAGAAAAUAGAGAUGAUGGAAGCACUGAUGUAGACUUGAUUGGAUCCACAGAGAAUCUGAAUACUAAUCUUCCACCAGAAUUAGUUCCACCACCACUACCAGUAUUGGGACAUCCAGUACAUGUUAGAAACCCUCAAGACAGACCACAUAGUGCCCAUGUUCAUCGAGUGUGUGGAUUGCUGCUGAGAGCUAUGGGAGAUCAGUAUGAAUGUAAUAGUUGUGGGCGUACAUUACGUACUCUAGGAGAUGAAAUGAGUACCCUGUAUAAUAUGAGAAGAGUGGCUAGUACAA